CUCUGCUUCAGUUUUCUUCUUUUUAAACCUUGAGAAUCGGAACAUGUCGGAUUUACGCUCAGAGCUGCAGAAGUUCCUGGAAACGUUGAACAUCCAAACCACGUGUGUUGAGCAUCCUCCGGUAAAACUGCAGAAACCUGCGGACCACACUUUAUCCCACAGCCCGUGUACAUGUUUUCACGGUGGAGGAGAUGAUGCCUCACCUGCAGGACGUGAGCGGAGCCGUCACUAAAAACCUCUUCUUGAAGGACAAGAAGAAGAAAGGCCUGUGGCUGGUGUCGGCUCGCCACGACCGUCAGGUGAACCUCAAUGACCUCGCCAAGAAGCUCGGCGUCGGCAGCGGCAACCUGCGCUUCGCGGACGAGGCGGCCAUGUUGGAGAAACUCAAGGUGGGUCAGGGAUGUGCGACGGCUCUCGCUCUGCUCUUCGAUAAAGACCAGAGCGUGAAGUUCGUCCUGGACCGGGACCUGGUGGAGGGCGACCAUAAGAUGGUCUACUUCCACCCAAUGACCAACGCUGCCACCAUGGGGCUCCGCCCGGACGACCUGCUGCGCUUCCUGAAGGAGACGGGACACGAACCCGUCCUGGAGAGCUUCGAGUAGGAGAGAGCGGGACGCCGGAAGUCCAGCGGCAUUAAAAACCAGGAUCCGGCUGCAGGAAGAGAGCGUCACAGUCGUGUCUCGACCUGAAGCCGACCUGAAGAGACUCGGGCAGAACAGGACUGCUCCUGCGUCAAAUAUUUAAAAGUGAAACACAAACAUUUUAAAGUUUUAAUUAAGAAAAGAAGCUUCUCUCAGCGUUGAUGAGUUAAACGAAGCAGCUCAGUCAGAAUCAUUCGUUUCUAACGAAGUCGUCUUCAUCAGAAAUCAGCAUCACACAAUUAUUUAUUUUGAUAAUAAAAUAAUUCUCACAAAUCUUUUUCUGGAUCAU